AUGGCGAAAGAUUAUAAGCUGAGUCCCGCCUGGGAACCCGUUCCUAGCCAGCACAGCGCCAAAGCCGCCCUUUUCGCGUCACAAUCUGCCAUGAGCGUCACCAAGCCCGCGAAAUCCACAACUCCCGAUCCUGGCCAUUCUGCCGCAAAUCUUGCUUUCAAGUCAGAUCGGAGCGUACCUGGUUCUGUCCAUGGGAGUCCUUUGGAGCGUCACAGGUCGUUACUUGCCGCGAAAGGUGCUAUGGCGAACCGUCAGAGAGCGAAGUCCUCGCCGAUUCCUAAAGAAUCGUAUCCGGAUGAGGCAAAUGCUGCUGCUAAUGCCCUAAGUGCUGCGACCAAAGCUCAUAGGCCAAUUCGGUCACCGACAAUAAGCGAAACCAGCGAGAAUGCCGGUUCUGUCCCUUACACUAAUAUGAACAGGCAGAUGUUCACAUCGCGACCACCAGUGAAAUCCGAAGUUGACGAUCAGAAGAGAGCAGAUAUCCUUCAUGCUUCUGCCGUCGCAAUGGCCAAGAAGAUGUAUACUCAGCAGCAAAAAAUGAUUGAUGCCAAAAAGGCACAUGAUAACGCUAACCCUCAAGAGAAUGCCGAUGCUUUUAGCAGCAUCAGCGACGAUGCACAACCUAUACAGCUUACUACCUUGCAAGAUGCGGCUUACAAGCAAGCACAAGCACGUCUAGCUAAGAUGCACGAAGAGCACUUCAAGGGUCGGGAAUAUCAGGAGUAUUACGGGGCUAAGCCGCUCACGCGACGAUUUUCAAUCAGGGGUAAACUCAGGAAAAGGGCUUCGAGCGAUGGCGAUGUUAUUGAGGACCGGAGGCGAUCACAGCAGAUUAGGCAGCAGAUGUCCUUAUUCUCCAGCAAAAUUUCUCAAGUCGACGACAAAAAGCGGCAGCAGGAUCAAGAGGUAUUGCUUGCUGCAGCUCAGAGGAACGUGCACGAACGUUUGAAAGGGAUGGACGAGAAGAUAUCUGCCGAGACGGGAAUGGUCCACCCGUCCACGCCAACACAGUGGGAAAUGAAAGCACACGCUAUAGCCCAGGCUAAGGCCGAGCAGCGCAUAGGUCAGAGGCACGGACAGAUCGAUAUUGGUGCCGGAAAGUAUAUGAGCCAAGAUGAGAUCGACGCAAUCGCCGCAGCGAGGGUCAGGCCUGUUUUAGAUGAAAUUAACGAAAGGGUUGAGGAAGAGCAGGCAAGGCAAACAGAGUUACGUCUCGAGAUGGAGAAGAAGAAAGAAGAGGAGGAGAUCGAAAAGGCUCGGCAAAAAGAAAUCCAGGAUAUCAAUAAACGACUUAAGGAACCGGAAUUCGCCGCCGCCGAAAACGCUGAAGACGGAGUAGUGGAUCGGGAAUCGGUGUCACCCGGUGAAGGGUCGUCGAAAGGCGGCGUUAAGACAUGGUUCAAAAACCGCUUUUCUCGAAGCGCGAAGCAACCGGAAGACAAAGGCAAAUCAGUGGAGAGGGGUUUCGUCGGCGGGGUCGCCCUAACGGGCGUUAAUAGCUCUACGAGCAUAGAUAAUCGUAGCGCUAGCGUACGUGCUGUUGCGAUGGCGGGGCGCGGACGAACUACUAAUCAGGAGGACGAGGCUUCCGGCGCGGCGAUGCCGAUGAGCAGCUCGAGCGAUGAUGAGAACGAGUAUUUCCGUGACGAGGUGCGAGAUCAGCCCAAGACACCGUUGACGCCGCCUAGGCCGCUCCGCUCGUCGGUUGCGAGUCAUAGUCCCAGUCGGGACUCGAAGUUUGUGGAGAUGGUAUGA